UUAACAAUGUGAACGCUGUGCGUAGGCCUCCGUCGAUCUGCCGCCACACCUUCAGCGACGACAGAUCCGCACGUGCGCUACCGGCACCUGCAGCCGAGGUGGCGGUGGAAACGUCGGGCGCCACCGGGAGCGUGUGCGCGCCCCUCGACCGGCCCUGCCCCGUCUCCGACUAGCAUCGGAGCGCGUAGCCGGCCGGUUGUAGCUGCUGUAACGCGGCGGCGGCGGGCCCGCACCCACCCGGCCCGGAGCAGCGUGCGCGCGCGAGCGAGCGAGAACGGCGUCAACCGGGAGCGGCAGUGUGUGUACGCGCGCGGUGGUGUGCGCCAGGCUGCUGCGUGUGUGCGUGCGCGUGUGCACGAGAGUUUUGUGUGCGUCCGCUACGGUGCUUGCCGGCUGCUGCCGCUCUGCCGCUCGCUCGCCGCUACCGCUCGCUAUAUAGUCGUCGCCGCCGCCGCCGCCCGAUCGUCUACGCGCGUGUGCGUGCGGUGCGUGUGCGUGCGAGCGUGUCUGUCGUGCCGGCAGAGCGAAAGAGACGCGAGUGCGAGAGAAGUAGCGAAUGAGUGAGACAGAGCGUGUGUGCGAGUGAGACAGAGUGAGCGCGCCGCCGCCGUCGCCGUCUCAGUGUGUGUGUGUGUGCGUGCGUCGCCGGAGUGACUCUAUUCGCCGGCCGGCCGCCCUCAGUUACGCGCGCGUAUAGAUAAUAAUAGUAAUAAUUAUAACAUAUUUUUUUUCCGAAUACCUAUAAUAAAUUAUAUUCUAUUAUCAAUCUGUUGUAAUUAAUUUUUUUCUGCUCAUAUACCUCUUCCCCUUCCGAUCGUAACGACAACCGCUGUCCCGCGGACUCUAUAAAAUUAUAGAGUCAAUAUAACGAUAUUAUUUCCGCCGCCGCCGUCCCGUUUCGCUGUCCGAUCGGUCAACCACCCGACCGCUGUUGUAUGCGACUGGGCAUAACCUCGUCACUGCCGCCAUCAUAGUCGACGUCUCCAUCCUCCGCCGUCACGUGCGUCUCGAUCCGUUCCACGUGCGACGACGACGGUCUACUGCCAUAAGACAGUGAUCGCCUAGCGGUGGUGUCGUUGGUAACGGCGGUGGCGGCGGCGGCGGCGGAGGUGGUGGCAACAGCGGUUGACUUUUACUCUUGUUCCUAUACCGGACGGCGGCCGUCUUCUGCUGCUGCAGCAGCUGCCGGCCGGUGGUGUUGACGUUGUCGUCGCCAUCGUUGUUGUUGUUGUCGUCGUUGUUGUUGUUGUUGUUGUGCACUUUCGCCACCUCCACCGCCGUCGUAGCUUUCGGUGUCACUAAUUCGGGUCCGUCACACCGACUACUCACGCCGUCGAAGUGAUGCAACAACAAUGCGGUUUUUGCGCCGCGGUGUCCGACCUUUUCCGGAGGAUCAUGUGCUUUAAUGGCAGUAGGAGGGGCAGUGACCAGUCGUACUAUCACGAACUGGACAACGAUGACCCUCAGAUCGCACUAGUGACCGCUGAUCCCACGAACGUAUCGGCUCAUUCUCCAGAUGUGAUUUACAUUCGACUUAGAGACGACUCGCCCACAGAUGACCGGUGCAGGAGACGGUCGCGAAUGCUGUCUGAGGGCGAAGUGGUGCUACUCGAGUCGGUCGCCCAUCACAGUAAACGGUUACCCAACGGCCGAUUUCUUACCAUGCACAAACGUAGGCGGAAAAAGCUCACCACCAGAUCCUUGUCUAACGAGAAUGCGCCGGCGCUAUUGGAUGACAUUCACCACGGCCAAGUCCAGUGUGUGCUCAAGCACGUCUGGAAAUGGCCGUUCAACGCUUUUGCAUUAGACACAGCUACAGGGGGAAGAUCGCUUCCAGUACUUUGUGUUCAUCUUUUCCAUUGGUAUGGUCUAAUGGAACACUUCAAGUUGGACGUGGUCCAAGUUUGGAAACUCUUUAGCCUCAUAGAAGAAGGGUACCACAGCACGAACCCGUACCACAAUGCCAUCCAUGCUACCGAUGUCACCCAGGCAAUGCAUUGUUUCCUGCAAGAAGAUAAGAUCAAGAACUUCUUGACACCACUCGAAAUCAUGGCGUCUCUCAUAGCGGCUGUUGCUCACGAUCUCGACCAUCCCGGUGUCAAUCAACCGUUUCUUAUCGCGACCAGUAAUCAUUUGGCUACUCUUUACGAGAACACCUCAGUGCUGGAGAACCACCACUGGAGGUCGGCGAUUGGCUGUCUGCUCGAAAGCCACGUAGCGGAGAAACUAAGCCCCAUAAGACAAGACCUCGAGUCGCAGAUAAGUUCACUGAUCUUGGCCACGGAUAUUACAAGGCAACCGGAAUUCUUGAAGAAAUUCAACAACUAUCUGGAAAACGACGAGUUGGACAUGAAGGACCCGGAGUUGCGGCACUUUAUACUGCAGAUAGCUCUAAAGUGCGCUGACAUUUCGAACCCAUGCAGGCCGUGGGACGUGAGUCGCAAAUGGAGCUUGAAGGUGUGUGACGAAUUUUUCAGACAAGGCGAUUAUGAAAGGCAGUUGGGAUUGCCGGUCACCGAUAUCUGCGAUCGAUACAACAAUACAGUGCCGAAAAUUCAAACCGUGUUCUUCAAGUUCAUGGUGUUGCCGCUUUUCAAUUUGUGGCACAAGUUUUUGGACACCAAGCUGUCGCACUCGAUGAUGGAAAACCUGAGGAAGAACCAACAGCAGUGGGAAGAGCUCCGGGAACGCGAGAGCAGCGAUGAACAGCAACUGAUUGCGGACGCCGAUGACAUGAUGCUGGAACAGGAAAAUGAACAGGACACGCCACAGCAGCAGAACCGCCGGGGCUCGCUUCCGGCCGUCGUGCUGGAGACCGUGGACAAGAUGGGCCGUCGACACUCGGUACCACUGAACCUGGCCCGGGUCACCGGCCACGCGCUGCCGUGCACGAUACUGCGCCGGGAAAGCUUGCAGGGCGCACUGCCCUCGACGUUGCUGGUGCAAGUGGAAAACAGGCGACGUUUCACGCUGGGCCAGAUCCCUUACCUGGAAGAGGAGGAGGAGGGCCUGAGCAUAUCGGUGGGCUCGUCGAGGAGCAGUGGGCUGCAACGUUCGUCGGACGGUUGCGGUGGCAGUCAUAUGGACGACCGGCCGGUGAGUGCCGAGAACCUGAUACCCGAACCCAGCAUAGCGACCAUUACCAAUACAGCCGACGCCAGCCGGCUGUGCAACGUCAUACACGGCGUCACGUCACCGGUCCUCGGGCACCAGGCGACGUCCGGAUGCUCCAGAGGCCUGACCAGGCAGCAGACGUUCCCACCAAUUCAGCCGUACGUCCGGGCCCGAUACCUGUCCACCGGUGGAGACACCGCUGCACCGUGUUCGUCGUCCAGCGGCGGCACGUCUGCUGUGUCCACGGCGUCCAGCCGGACCGGUUCGACCAGUAGCGAGGGUUGUCCGUCGGCGGGCGGUGGUGGAGGGGGUGGCCACGGCGCUGGAGGAAAUGGCACGAAGCGAGACUCGAUCCUGGACACUGACCGUGCGUUUAAGUUGGCCAGGUUUUCAUCCAACAAGGAGAAGGAAAACGUCGACCCGGCAGCACGGACCAACGCGGAAAUCAGGCGUAACAGCAAUCACGUGAACCAGAUUUUGACAAGACGCCGAGGUUCAGCACCGGUUGGCAAUGGGAACGGCGACAAUACAGGACACCCGACACCCGGCAAGGGCCAAGAAGCGACCAUUCCAAGGCGCGGGUCUGUGCCGUCAGAUUUUUCCAAACAGAGUGCCCUUUUUAAGGUGGUGGCCACAGGGCCACUGAGCACAAAUAGCCCGAAGCAAGGCGCGAGACGUUCAUCGCUACCGUAUGAUUCCAAUAUUGGAUUAUCGAGCUCGCCUCUUGUUUCUCCUUCCCGGCCAGAGCGAAGAGGUUCGGACGGAAGCCGCCCGGGCAGCCGAAGACGGCGCAGAAAGUCAAUGAAGCGACGGAGCUCCGGCGGACCGGACGUGUUGCUGUCCACCGGCCAGUCGAUGGACUCGUUCCUGGCGCACCGCCGUGGUUCCUUGCCCGUCGAAAUACUUGCCACGUCCUUCUCGGGGCCACAUUGAGAAAAAUGAUCAUCGAAUUUUCGCAUCGUAGACUGACAAAAUGAAUACAAGAUAUUUGGACUAUAUAAAUAUGCAAGUCGGCGGUUGCGAUAACAUUCGCACGAAAUUCUCGAAACUUUGUAUUAUUACCUAUAUACAAUACGCUGAUUAUUGACAAAUGGAACAUAAAUAAUUUAUGGUCUUCCCAGCGCAGUACUGUUGAACAAACAACAAAAAAAAAAAAAAAACCAAUAAUGGAAUC